GGGAUAAGUUGAGGAAAUAUGGCGACGUCUAAUUUGUUAAAGAACAAAGGGGCCCUCCAGUUCGAGGACAAAUGGAAUUCGAUGAGGCCAAUUGUCCUGAAGCUGCUUCGACAGGAGUCGGUGACCAAGCAGCAGUGGUUCGACUUGUUCUCAGAUGUCCAUGCCGUAUGCCUAUGGGAUGACAAAGGUCCCGCAAAGAUCCACCAAGCACUGAAGGAGGACAUCUUAGAUUUUAUCAAGCAAGCUCAGGCUCGGGUGCUGAGCCAUCAGGAUGACACGGCGCUGCUGAAGGCGUACAUCGUGGAGUGGAGGAAGUUCUUCACGCAGUGCGACAUCCUGCCCAAGCCCUUCUGCCAGCUGGAGAUCACGCUGAUGGGCAAGCAGGGCAGCAACAAGAAGUCCAACGUGGAGGACAGUAUAGUGAGGAAGCUGAUGCUGGACACCUGGAAUGAGUCCAUCUUCUCCAAUAUCAAGAACCGGCUGCAGGACAGCGCCAUGAAGCUGGUGCAUGCAGAGAGGCUCGGGGAGGCCUUCGACUCACAGCUGGUCAUCGGCGUGCGGGAGUCGUACGUGAACCUGUGCUCCAACUCGGAGGACAAGCUCCAGAUCUACAGAGACAACUUCGAGAAGGCGUACCUGGACUCCACCGAGCGCUUCUACAGGACGCAGGCGCCCUCCUACCUGCAGCAGAAUGGCGUGCAGAACUACAUGAAAUAUGCAGAUGCUAAACUAAGGGAAGAGGAGAAACGGGCACUUCGGUAUUUGGAGACGCGGCGUGAAUGUAACUCUGUCCAAGCACUUAUGGAAUGUUGUGUGAAUGCACUUGUGACGUCCUUCAAAGAAACCAUUCUGGCAGAAUGUCCUGGCAUGAUCAAACGCAAUGAAACUGACAAGCUGCACCUGAUGUUUUCGCUCAUGGACAAAGUCCCCAGCGGUAUCGAACCCAUGCUCAAGGACCUGGAGGAGCACAUCAUCAAUGCUGGACUGGCAGACAUGGUAGCUGCAGCCGAGACUAUCACUACUGACUCGGAGAAGUAUGUAGAGCAGCUUCUCACGCUCUUCAACCGCUUCAGUAAACUGGUGAAGGAGGCGUUUCAGGAUGACCCCAGGUUCCUGACCGCCAGAGACAAAGCAUACAAAGCCGUAGUGAAUGAUGCCACAAUAUUUAAGCUGGAACUGCCAACGAAACAAAAGGGUUGCCCCAGGGUGGGCUUGAAAACCCAGCCGGAGUCCAAGUGUCCAGAGCUGCUGGCCAACUACUGUGACAUGCUGCUGAGGAAGACUCCGCUCAGUAAGAAGCUCACCUCCGAGGAGAUCGAGCUGAAACUAAAGGAAGUGCUGUUGGUGUUAAAGUACGUCCAAAAUAAGGAUGUCUUCAUGCGCUAUCAUAAAGCCCACUUGACGAGGCGUCUGAUCCUGGACAUUUCAGCAGAUAGCGAGAUAGAGGAGAACAUGGUGGAGUGGCUCAGGGAAGUAGGUAUGCCUGCGGAUUACGUCAACAAGCUAGCCAGAAUGUUCCAAGACAUCAAGGUAUCGGAGGAUCUCAACCAGGUCUUCAAGGAGAUGCAUAAACACAACAAAUUAGCGUUACCAGCCGAUUCGGUGAACAUCAAAAUCCUGAACGCGGGCGCGUGGUCUCGGAGUUCGGAGAAGGUGUUUGUGUCGCUGCCCACGGAGCUGGAGGACUUGAUUCCGGAAGUGGAGGAGUUCUACAAGAAGAACCACAGCGGCCGCAAGCUCCACUGGCACCACCUCAUGUCCAACGGCAUCAUCACGUUCAAGAAUGAAGUUGGGCAGUAUGACCUGGAGGUGACCACUUUCCAGCUGGCUGUCCUGUUUGCCUGGAACCAAAGACCCCGAGAGAAAAUCAGUUUUGAGAACCUGAAACUGGCCACGGAGCUGCCUGACGCUGAGCUCAGACGGACACUGUGGUCUCUUGUUGCCUUCCCCAAGCUGAAACGUCAAGUCCUCUCCUAUGAACCUCAAGUGGGCUCACCCAAAGACUUCACGGACAGCACGUUGUUUUUUGUCAAUCAGGAGUUCUCCUUGAUAAAAAAUUCCAAGGUUCAGAAGAGGGGUAAAAUCAACCUGAUCGGCCGCCUGCAGCUGACCACGGAGAGGAUGAGGGAAGAGGAGAACGAGGGCAUCGUCCAGCUCAGAAUAUUGAGGACACAGGAGGCCAUCAUCCAGAUCAUGAAGAUGCGCAAGAAGAUCACCAACGCGCAGCUGCAGACGGAGCUGGUGGAGAUCCUGAAGAACAUGUUCCUGCCGCAGAAGAAGAUGAUCAAGGAGCAGAUCGAGUGGCUGAUCGAGCACAAGUACAUCAAGCGGGACGAGACGGACAUUAACACCUUCAUCUACAUGGCGUAGCGCGGACGUCACGGCACAGGGGAGACGUGACGUGACGUGACGUGACGCAUCUGCUGCAGACACUAAAAAAAAACCAUCAACAACAACAAAGACGGAGAUUGAUAACCGUGAUGAUGACUAUGAUGGUGAUGAGGAGAGUGUUGUCUGUGUGGGAGGGGAGGGGGGGAGGUUCAUCUGCAAUAGGAAUGGGGAGGCCCUUUCUGGACCCCGUUGCUACGGUAGCUGCUGGCUCUCUCCCUCGCCUGCCCGCAGAGCACGCACAUGAGAAAACCGGCUGGUUUUAAGAUCAAAACAGUCACAAUUCAUUAUAGCCAGAAGAAAAAAAGAAAAAACACCAACGCACCAACACGAAAAAAUCCCUGCCUUAUGUUACAUUUUAACAAAGAAAAAUGAACCAGGGGGAUAAAUGUUUAAGAGAAAAAAAAAAUCUACACAAAAAGUGGUUAAAAGAAUUAUUCUCAUUCUUAUUCUCAUGUUUUGGUUUUGGCCAUUGGGACAGACAGGAUGCAUGGUGGGCGGUUUUGCCGUUUGUGUGUAUGUGAGUGUGUCUACGUCUUCUUCAGCAUGCUGUUUUUUCGUGGAAGCCCCCACCCCCCCCUUUUUUUUCCGUUCAUCGCUGGACCUCUUGUCUGUGCAGUGUGUGUGUGUGUGUGUGUGUGUGUGUUUUGGGACAAUUGCCUAUGUGCUCCUCUACCCACCCACUCACUGUCACUCACUCAGCCCUAGAUCCUUCCCUACCACACACCACACCACACACACUCGCUUACCCUCUCCUCCACGGUGCCACCUGGCCCAGCACAUAUCCCAACAACACGAGCGGCACUGAAGGAGAAAUCUAAACGGACAGGAAGGUGAAGAACGUAUAGUAGCCACUGCAGCCCACCAGCUUCCCAAACCUCUCUGACAAUGACACACAAUGAGAAGAAGAAGAAGAGCAACCUAUACGAGCCUCCAAGCAACACAACUUGUUCCUGAGGACAUAUACGGGACAAUUAAAAAAAAAAAAAUCUAAAAUCAGAAAACAACUUAGACGAACGCAUCAGCACUUUUCACUUGCUCACAGUAUGUCUGCAUGGCUUCCUUUGGUUUUCUUUGUGUUUUGUUUGUUCUCUGUCUGUUUCAUUCUUUCGUUUUCUUUUUCCUUCAGUAUUUGGUUUGGUUGGAUUGAAGUUUUUUGUUUGUUUGUUUUUGUUUGUUUGUUUCUUGCCAAUGUCCAGUUGGAUAGCUGUGGGUAUGAAGUGCUUUGAGCAAUUCUGGCGUACAACCAUCAUCACUGGGUAUCUGCUGGUCCAUAGCACCAACAGGGUCGUUAGUUGGGGAAAACCCUGUUCCCUCCAGCAUUCAUGACGUUUUGUUUGUGUUGAAUGUGUGGACUAGCUAUUAUUCAUUUGUCAUUGGGAUUCAAAACCCUAUUUCAAGGUCAGACAUGACUUUUAUCAUGGUAUGUUUUGAUGUCUUUGCUCUCAUUUUGGGUGAAACGAACUGAAAAGUUGUUCUUCUGGAAUGGUUACAUGAAUUACUACCAUCCGACACUUCCCACCGUAAGGGGUUUGAAGAUUGAGGCCGAGAAGAUUCUUCUCGGAUGCAAUGUGAAACCGUUAAGUGUGUUGCCAACUCUGACUGUGUUGGAUAAUGACUAAGAAAUAAGUUGUAGGCCAUUUUGUUUCAAUAACUUGUUUGUUACAAAUUUAGGGUUUUUUUGCAUUUAGGAGACACAAACUUGGACGUGGAACUAAGGUUUGUGGUGGCACUGAGUUUGACUGAACUGAGUCAAAUAAAAAAAAUUGAAAUGUUUAAUGUUCACAACAGAAAAGAAAAGAAACAGUGAUUACAUUUCACCUCGAUAUGAGACAUACCUACCCUGGUGAUAGGAUACCAGUCCCUGUUGAUGUCUUCAACUAGACAGAGAGAAAAAAGCACUUCAGAUCAGAUCCUAACAGCAGAUGUAUCAGAGAUGGUGCACAGAGUUUGGAAAAGCUGUUGCCUCUCCUCACCUUGAUCACGGGUGCAUUUCUUGAAACCAUAGUUGCUAACUACGCUGGCUACUUUGUUGUUUGUAAUGCAAUUUCCCAUUGGCAACUACCCAAGUUGCUAACAGGCUAACAACUACUCUUUGAGAAAUGCACCCCUGAAAUGGUCAAGAAUUCUCCAGCUUAUCCCCACCCCCACCUAUGUGAAUUCCCCCUUUGCCAAAGUAAAGUUCUGGGGGUGCGUUUCUCGCAAGCAUAGUUGCUAACCAGUUAGCAACUUCGGUAGUUGCCACUGGGAAAUUGUAUUGCCAACAACAAAGUAGCUAACAUACUUAAUUAGCAACUAUGGUUUUGAGAAAUGAACCCCUGAUGAGUCACACCAUUUCUACAGAUUACAGGGAGGAUGGCUCUCUGCCAUCCCUCUCACUAUUUUCUCACUCAAUGACUAGUUUUUAGAUGCUUCCUUCUUCAUCUUUUAUGUAUUAUUACUCAUCUCAGUGAAGCUGCAAUUGUUCAAGAAGGAAGUAGCCAUGGGUUUGAAUCCACCCAUUUCCCAUGUCCCCAGAUUUAACAGAAACAUAGAUUCCGUUUGGGAUUUCUUCCUGGUUAUUUAUUUGUUUAUUUAUGCCAGAAUAUCCAUGUGAUCGAAUGUUUGAUAAGAGAGUGAGUGUAGCCUUGAAUACAUGUUGCCUCAUAGGGUUGUACAUAUGAUAACUGAAUUUGUUUCAAUGAAAAGAGAGAGGGGAAAAAGGGUUGGGAAGGUUGCAUAGCGAACACUAUCUCUUUCAUUUGAAGAGUUUCUUUUUUUUGUCUCGGAUAACAAAAGUGACAUGUAUUGUGUGUCAGUGAGAGGGAAAAAAAAGAUGACAACCUUUGUUAUAAUUGUCAUAAAAUAUCAAUGCAGUUCA